GAGAGUCUACCCUCUUCCUUCCCUGUCCUGGUGGAAAUUCUAAUGAGUUCCACAUUGCGGCGUUGGGCCGGCCAUGUGCCUCCACCCAGUUCAUCAGCCCGGUUCUGACCUCGCUCGUUGCACUCACUGGUGUGACUUGAGCUUGUUUUCAUCAGAAAUUGGAUUCUUUCUGGAGAACAAGAGAAAAACAUCGCCCGAGAGAAGCAACAGCAAGUGUCUUACACCCUUGGGCCCGUGUUUCCCCCCAAAUGUUUGUGUGGAAGAGGAGUGGGCAGCAAGGGGAAGGGACAGGUCAUGCCUCCAAAACCCAGAUCAGGUUACCCAGGGCGCGCCCUGCUCUGGAGGGUGUGCCUGCGCUCCUGGCCUUGCUAGGGACCGUCCGGCGGCACAGGGGGACAAAUAGGUCGUCCUCUGCAUUCUGCAAUCAGGGAGGACGUUGGCGAGGGGACACGUGGCCGCCGUCAGGGGGGGCUGCUCUCUGAAGAUGGCCACAGAGGGAGUGACCAUGGGGAGAAAAAGGCUUCCUGACCAGAUAGACCAAACAGACCAGGGUCUGUGUUUGCCUGGACUUCUUGGGGCUUAAGAAGGCGCUCGUGAAGAGAACAGAUCACAGUCUGUCCUACAUUUUCUCUGCUCUUGAUGUGCUUUUGCGAACUUUGCCUUGGAAUCCUGCUGAAGAGAAGGGAGGGGGGGAGCUCACUUCUGAGGCCCUGGGUGGGGACCUAGCAGCUGGGUCAGUUUCUAUUUCUUGUUUAUUAAGGCAGAAUUAAUACAGAACCUGGCUCCCGUGCCAGGCACAGCAGUCCCUUCUACGCCGCACCUUGGGGGCCUUUCUUGCAGUCUUUUGACGGCAUCGUAUUUAAGUUCGAAUUCAGACCCCUUCUCGAGAGGCAGCGGCUUCCAAGCCUCUGGGCCACUUUGGGUUUGGGCCGAGACCCUGGGACCUGUGCUUGAAGGAGGUGGCCAGGACGCAGUGUUUUCCGUGCCAUUGGCCAGAGCCACCCGCCCUUGUCCAUGACGACGGGCCCGCCAUGUUUUAUGGGACCCACUUCAUCAUGUCUCCCCCCACCAAGAGCAAGCUGAAGCGGCAGAGCCAGCUGCUGUCCAGCAUGCUGUCCAGGACGCUGAGCUACAAGUACCGGGACCUGGACACCACCUUCUCCAGCCUGGGUGCCAGCGACGACCCCGCGGAACUCUCUACCCAGCUCUCGGCCCCUGGGGUCCUGAAGGUGUUCGGGGACAGCGUCUGCACGGGAACGCACUACAAGAGCGUCCUGGCCACCUGCAUGUCCAGCGCCCAGGAGCUGGUGAAGGAGGCGCUGGAGCGCUACGCCCUGAGCCCCGAGUGCGCCAGCCAGUACGUGCUGUGCGACGUGGUGGGCCAGGCCGGCGGCUCGGGGCAGCAGUGGCAGGCUGAGUGCUUUCGGGUCUUUGGAGAUAACGAGAAGCCCCUCUUGAUCCAAGAAUUAUGGAAACCCCGAGAAGGCUUGUCCCGGAGGUUUGAGCUAAGAAAGAAGUCUGACGUGGAGGAGCUGGCAGCCAAGGACGUGGACACCAUGACCGCAGGGAUAAACGCCCAGGCCCGGAGGCUGCAGCGGCACCGUGCCAAGGGAACCCCAGUCCUGGCUUCGGGGGGCGCCCGGAGCCCCCCCACGCCCCGACUGCGCCGCACCGUCAGUGAGAGCAGCCUGAGCUCGGCUACCACCCAGGGCCCCGAGGAGCGCGCCCGGGACACCAUGCGCUUCUCCCUCUACGAGUCACCCCACCUGCUCCUCCUGCAGGGCUACAGCCAGCAGCACGACAGCCUGGUGUACCUGCUGAACCGGGAGCAGCAUACAGUGGGCCAGAGGACUCCAUCCAGCAAGCCCAGCGUCAGCCUCUCGGCCCCGGACAUCCUGCCCCUGCACUGCACCAUCCGCAGGCACCAGACCCCGGGCCCAGAGCCGGCGGCGAGCAGGCUGGUACUGGAGCCCAUCCCCGGGGCGCCCGUCUCCGUCAACUUUGCGGAGGUCGGGGGCCGGGCUGUGGUGCUGCGCCACGGGGACCUGCUCUCCCUUGGCCUCUACUACCUGCUGCUGUUCAAGGACCCGGCGCAGGCCCAGCCCCUGCCUGCCCAGGCCCUGGCCCGACUGCGUGCCAUUCCGCGGAGCUGCGGGCUGUGCGGAGCCGCACUCCGGGCCCGGGGCGCCUCGGCCUCUGGCUCCGCGCCGGCCACCCUACCCCGGCCGCGGCCGCUGCACCUGGAGUUUGAGCCAGAGGUGGAGGACGCGCUGCUGCAGCGAAUCCUGACACUGGUUGAGCCUGGAGGGGACGACCACAAGCUGGCCCCCGCCUUCCUCCUCUGCCUCUGCAUCCAGCACUCGGCCACCCGCCUGGAACCCGGCUCCUUCGGGCAGCUGCUGCUCAAGAUCGCCAAGGCCAUCCGAGAGACAGUCUGGGAGAAAACCAAAGAACUGGCGGAGAAGCAGGCGCAGCUCCAGGAGCCCCUCUCCCUGGCCAGCUUCCCCAUGGCGGGCCUGGUCCCGGACCUGCAGCACAUUCUCUUCUGGAUGUCCAACUCGGUGGAGCUGCUCUAUUUCAUCCAGCAGAAGUGCCCGCUCUACAUGCAGAGUCUGGAGGAGGAGCUGGACGUCACAGGCUCCAGGGAGUCGCUGUUCUCCUGCGCGCUGACGGCCAGCGAGGAGGCCAUGGCGGCGCUGGAGGAGGUCAUUCUGCACGCCUUCCAGCAGUGCGUGUACUACGUCUCCAAGUCCCUGUACGUCUGCCUCCCGGCCCUGCUGGAGUGCCCCCCUUUCCAGACGGAGCGCCGGGAGAGCUGGUGCUCCGCCCCCCAGCUGCCUGAGGAACUGCGCCAUGUCGUGUCCGUGUACCAGGCCACCAUGGACCUCCUGCGGCAGUUCCGGGUGCACCCCGAGAUCGCCUCGCAGGUGCUGGCCUACCUCUUUUUCUUCUCCAGCACUCUGCUCUUCAACCAGCUCCUGGACAAGGGCCCCUCUCUGAGCUGCUUCCACUGGCCCCGCGGCGUCCAGGCCUGUGCCCGCCUGCAGCAGCUCCUGGAGUGGAUGCGGAGUGCUGGCCAUGGGGAGGCCGGGGAGCGCUUCUUCCGGAAGCUUUCCUGCACACUCAACUUGCUGGCCACACCCCGUGCACAGCUCAUCCAGAUGAGCUGGGCAAACCUGCGGGCCGCCUUCCCCACCCUGAGCCCCGCGCAGCUGCACCGGCUGCUGACCCAGUACCAGCUGGCCUCGGCCGUGGGCCCCAUGAGUGCCUGGGAGCCAGGCGCCCAGGACAGCCCCGAAGCCUUCAAGUCAGAGGAGGUCCUGGAGUCCUAUGAAAACCCCCCACCCAUUGUGUUGCCGAGCGAGGGCUUCCAGGUGGACUUGGAGGCCGACUGCCUGGACGAUAGCAUCUACCAGCACCUUCUCUACAUCCGCCACUUCCUGUGGAGUCUGCGUAGCAAGCCCAGCCCCAGUGGGGGGUCUUCCCAGUCAGGGGGCCUCGAGGGCCCGCACCACACCACCUCUGAGGGCCAGAGCGGCCCACUAGUUUGCAGGGGAGCCCGUGAAGCUGGCCAGGGGCGCACUCUGGCUUCUGCGGGGGCUCCCCGUGCUGGGGGCCUUUCAGGAAGGCAGAGCCGCGGGGGCCCCCAGGCUGGCCCCCUGCACGUUGACUCCUCGUGCCUACUCACGCCUCCCAGCACCCCACUCAGCCUCGAGCCCACUGUCCCGGACUGGCCCGAGCCUAGAGGCACCUGUGGGAAAGUGCUCCUGGAAGGGAGGAACACAGCUCCAGGAGGGGACAGCGUGGGUCCCGCGGACGAGCCCCCUGCGGCCCCUUCCAGCCGCAGCUCCAGCACGGAGGAUUUCUGCUACGUCUUCGUUGUGGAGCUGGAGCGGGGCCCCUCCGGGCUGGGGAUGGGCCUGAUCGACGGGCUGCACACGCCGCUGGGCGCCCCCGGGCUCUACAUCCAGACCCUGCUCCCGGGCAGUCCCGCGGCUUCGGAUGGCCGCCUGUCCCUGGGAGACCGCAUCCUGGAGGUGAACGGCAGCAGCCUGACGGGUGUCAGCUACCUGAGGUACCCCCCGCCCUCGUGCUGCAGCCACCAGGGGAGCCCCUGGCCCAUGAGCAGGUCCCAUCCUGACCCUGUGCUGGGUGUGAGGGAGCAGAGGUGCAGCGCUCAGCCGGCUCCUUCAACCUCUGAGCACACAGCAGCCCCACCGGGGGGCCCCUGGAGGGGGGUGUGUCACAGCAGGGUGACAGAGUGGGUCCCUAUCCCAGGUUCCCCCAAAGCCCUGCGUGCCUCACCCGCCCCAAGGCUGGGCCUGCGGGGAGUCCCCACAACGCGAGCCUGGCUCCCUCCUCCUCCCCCUGCGCUGGGUUUCAGAGCCGUGGACCUGAUCCGAAAUGGGGGCAAGAAGAUGCGGUUUUUGGUUGCCAAGUCCGACGUGGAAACAGCCAAGAAGAUCCGCUUCCGCACGCCGCCCUCCUAGGGCGACGGCCACCUCCUGCCGUGCUGUUCCCGUGUUCCCUGUUGUGGAAGACGUACAUCUUAGUGUAUAUUUUAUUUAUAUGACAGAGAACACUAAGUUGUGAUGUUUGUUACAGAGCUUUUAUGUGUAAAGAUUUUAAUGGAAAUGUACAGAUUCAAUAAACUAUCUUUCGUAUUCUGAA